AUGAAGCAGACGAUAGAGGACCCGUUCUUCGAAGCCGAGCCAACGGUUAUCGAAGAGCUUAAGCAAUGUAUCCCCACAGCAGAUGGAUCAUUACGGUAUCUUAAGUCUCUGUUUCCUUGCUUUGGAUGGCUGCCUAGGUAUAAUUGGCGAUGGCUUGUGGGUGAUAGUAUCGCUGGUCUUACUGUUGGCCUCGUCGUUAUUCCUCAAGCUAUGGCAUAUGCCCUUUUGGCUACGCUACCGCCAGACUUUGGACUGUAUACUUCUUUUGCUGGUGCAGCGACAUAUUGGCUUUUCGGUACUUCGAAAGAUAUAGUUAUCGGAACAACGGCCAUCGGCUCACUACUUGUCGGUGAGAUCGUUACCCACGUUCACGAAGCACGACCCGAUACCUACACAAGCGUCGAGAUUGCCAAGACACUAUCAUUCAUGACUGGUAUCAUCCUAUUUGCAUUGGGUCUCCUACGUCUUGGAUGGCUAGUCGAAGUCAUUCCCUACAUCCCUGUAUCAGCUUUCAUCACGGCCGCCAGCAUAAUCAUCAUGUGCACUCAACUACCAGUUCUCUUGGGCAUCCCUGGAGUCAACACACGAGACGACCCGUACAAAGUACUCAUUUCAACCAUGCGCAAACUGCCCGAUGCACAGCUUGAUGCUGCUAUCGGUAUUACUUGCUUGGUUUUGUUGGAAUUGGCAAAGUAUGUUUUCACAAAGUUGGAGGCUCGACAGCCGGCGCGAAAGAAACUCUGGUCCAUCAUGUCGUCUUUGCGACUCACCUUUGCCAUGUUGCUCUACACUCUGGUUAGCUACCUCGUCAACCGCAACUUGUCCGAGAAGGAGAGCAAGUUCAGAAUUGUUGGCCAUAUCAAUCAAGGGUUUAUCCAUGCCGGACCACCAGCCCUCAAGACAGACCUCAUCGGCGCCAUCUUGCCACAAAGUCCCAUUAUCUUGGUCAUUCUUAUCGUCGAGCACAUCGCCAUCGCCAAAAGCUUUGGAAAGAAGCUUGGAUACGACGUUGUUCCAUCACAAGAGAUCAUGGCCCAAGGAACAGCCAACAUCCUUGGUCCGUUCCUGGGAGGCUACUCAUGCACUGGUUCUUUCGGUGCAUCGGCGGUGCUUUCCAAGGCGGGUGUCAGGACACCUCUGGCUGGACUUUUCAGCGCUUUCAUGUUGCUGCUAGCACUUUAUGCUCUGACUGGAGUCUUUUACUUCAUUCCGAGAGCGGCUUUGGCUGGACUGAUCAUUCAUGCUGUUUUCAACCUUAUCGCAUCGCCUUCUACAGUCCGCAAGUAUUGGCGUCUAUCGCCAUUCGAAUGCUUGAUCUGGGUUGUUGGCGUUGUCAUGGCCGUAUUUACUGGUCUUGAGCCAGCUAUCUACACCACCACAGGUCUCUCUUUUCUACUCUUGCUUGUGCGCAUCGCGCGGACGAGAGGCGAGUUCCUAGGCAAGGUCGAAGUUGAGCAGGCUGUUGAGACGCCAGAAAACACAGAUGACUCUAGAAAUUCAUCUACUCGUGAUGUUUAUCUGAGUUUGGACCGAAAUGAUGCGUCCAACAGAGAUAUUUUGGUGGAAAGCCCCCAUGGCGGUGUUCUCAUCUAUCAUUUCCCCGAAGGGUUGAACUACCUCAACCAGGCGCAACAUCUUAAGAAUUUGACAGACUACGUCUACACACAUACUAGACGCCCCGAUGAAGAGCAAAAAGAAGAUAAGGGCGAGGCUCUUUGGUGCGACACAUCAGGGUUGUGCAAGCAGGACAAUGACCUACCAGUACUACGAGCCAUCGUCAUAGACUGCUCGACAAUUAACAACAUUGACAUCACCAGCGUACAAGGCUUGGUAGAUGUGCGAAACGCUCUAGAUCGAUGGGCGAGUCCAUCAACGAUACAGUGGCACUUUGGCGGUUUACACAAUCGCUGGGCGCGACGGGCUCUGGCAGCCGUUGGGUUUGGGAAAAGCAGUACACAAGAUGGUUACUCGUUCGGAAGCUGGGCAGCUGUUCCUACAAUGACUACUUCUUUUGGUGAAGCAACUGAGGGCGACCACAAAAGAACAAGCACGGAUGAUGAAAACACAAUUGGCACGCGACAUAAUAACCUCAGCGGCGAGAAGCGACUUUCCCCAGUGUUUGCACUCGACAGGCCAUUGUUCAAUGCUGAUCUCGGCGAAGCGGUGAGAGCGGCAUUGGAGUACGCGCGUAAAAGCGAGUGCCGUUCUCAUCUACAGACCGACACGGAAACUGAAUGA